GUCUUUGCGUGGGGCUUCAAGGAUGGUCAAAGGCCAGAAAUCAAUUUUGCUGUUCUUGCCUGUCUACAAAACCCAUUGCAAAGCGAGGGAGCAACCUGCUGUUUCCACCUCUGUGGCUCCUGGCGAAGUAGGCUCGCUGCCACUCCUUGGGAAGAGAAAAUAAUUUGGAGACCGUCGCAGCCAGGAAAAAGGCUCAUUUCCCUCCUGCUGCUGAAUCUGCUACGUGCACCAGAGCAUUUGAGAGAGAGGAGUUGUUUGCUAGCGGAGACCCUUCCUCCAAGGAGCACGGAUCACCUACCACCAGUUUAGAGUUGUAGCAGAAUAGGCUGGGGGACAAGGGUUUCCCCAAGAUGAUCUGGUGAAUUUCAUGAUCACGGAGUUUGAAUCCGGAUUGCCUGUCCCGGCAGUCUUCGUUAUGCAAGCUUUGCAUCAAGAGUCUUUCUCCUGCACGUUUUCUGGUGGAGGGGAGUGCUCUCUUGCAUCAAGCUCCUCCACAGCAGUGUUUUCCAACCUUGGCAGCUUUAAGACGUGUGGAUUUGAGCUUCCAGAAUUCCCCAGCCAGCAUGGAUCUGCCAGUCCAGAGUUCUUGCUGUCAGCGGCGACUUGGAAUUCACAUUUGUGGAAUCCUGGUUAUAAUGUAUAUCUCCUGCAAGUAAGAAGCUCUUACCUUUGACUCUUUCAGGUCCUAAAAUCUGGACCAGCCUCAGAGGUCGAUCCAGAUCAGGCUUCAUCCAGGACUGUCCCUUAAGGAUGUCCCAGAACGUGCAAACCUUUGGAAUGUUUUGUAGCACUUUCCUGAGCAUGAAUUCAGAAUGAAGCGGCGAGUGGAGGAACAGGAGUCACCUGUAUAUGCGUCACAGCAGAGACGUAUCGCCAGCAGUGCCGAACCCUUCCAGCACCAACAUCGCGUGCUUGCUCCAGCCCCUCCUGUAUAUGAGUCUGUUUCGGAGACCAUGCAGUCUGCUACUGGGAUCCAGUACUCCGUCACUCCCAGCUACCAGGUGUCAACCGUUCCACAGAGCUCCAACAGCCACGGGCCCACUUUAGCCACCGUCCAUAGCGGGCACCACCACCCCACCCCUGUUCAGCCCCACGGGAGCCAAGUGGUGCAAAGCCACGCUCACCCGACCCCACCAGCAGCACCAGUCCAGGGGCAGCAGCAGUUCCAGAGGCUGAAGGUAGAAGAUGCCCUUUCCUACCUUGACCAGGUGAAGCUGCAGUUCGGUAGCCAGCCUCAAGUCUACAAUGAUUUCUUGGACAUCAUGAAGGAGUUUAAAUCUCAAAGCAUUGACACUCCAGGAGUGAUCAGCCGUGUCUCUCAGCUGUUCAAAGGUCACCCAGAUUUGAUCAUGGGUUUCAACACCUUCCUGCCUCCCGGGUACAAAAUUGAAGUCCAGACCAACGACAUGGUGAAUGUAACAACCCCAGGGCAGGUUCACCAAAUCCCAGCCCACGGCCUCCAGCCGCAGCCCCAGCCUCAGCCCCAGCACCCGUCUCAGCCUUCAGCACAGUCUGCUCCCACCCCAGCACAGCCAGCGCCACAGCCGCCACCUGCCAAGAUCAGCAAGCCGUCUCAGCUGCAGACACACACGCCCACCAGCCAGCAAACUCCUCCAAUCCCCUACGCGUCCCCUCGCUCUCCACCAGUGCAGCCCCACACGCCUGUGACAAUCUCUCUUGGAACCACACCGUCCCUCCAGAACAAUCAGCCAGUUGAGUUUAAUCAUGCCAUCAACUAUGUCAACAAGAUCAAGAAUCGUUUCCAAGGACAGCCGGACAUUUAUAAGGCUUUUUUGGAGAUCCUCCACACGUAUCAGAAAGAGCAGCGAAAUGCCAAGGAAGCUGGUGGGAACUAUACCCCAGCGUUGACUGAACAGGAAGUCUAUGCCCAGGUGGCACGCCUCUUUAAGAACCAGGAGGACUUGCUCUCCGAAUUCGGGCAGUUCUUGCCAGAUGCAAACAGCUCAGUUCUCUUAAGCAAGACCACUGCAGAGAAAGUGGAGUCAGUGAGAAAUGAUCACGGGGGCACCGUUAAGAAGCCCCAGCUUAACAGCAAGCAGCAAAGACCCAAUCAGAAUGGCUGUCAAAUCCGGAGGCACGCCACCACAGGGGUAACCCCUCCAGUGAAGAAGAAACCAAAGCUCCUUAAUUUGAAGGACCCAUCCUUUGUAGAAGCUGGUAAACACGGGACAGAGUCUCUGUUCUUUGACAAGGUCCGCAAGGCAUUGCGCAGCACAGAAGCCUAUGAGAAUUUCCUCCGUUGCCUAGUCAUUUUCAAUCAGGAGGUGAUAUCCAGAGCUGAGCUGGUGCAGCUUGUUUCUCCAUUCCUGGGAAAAUUCCCAGAGUUGUUCACUUGGUUUAAAAACUUCCUGGGCUACAAAGAAUCUGCACAUCUGGAGACCUUUCCGAAGGAGCGAGCCACAGAGGGGAUAGCGAUGGAGAUAGACUAUGCUUCGUGUAAACGACUGGGCUCCAGCUACCGAGCCUUGCCCAAAAGUUACCAGCAGCCCAAAUGUACAGGUCGGACGCCGUUGUGCAAGGAGGUUCUGAAUGACACCUGGGUCUCCUUUCCAUCGUGGUCCGAAGAUUCUACGUUUGUGAGCUCGAAGAAGACUCAGUAUGAAGAACAUAUCUACCGAUGUGAAGAUGAACGGUUCGAGCUGGAUGUGGUCUUGGAGACCAACCUAGCAACCAUCAGAGUCCUGGAGACAAUACAGAAGAAACUGUCCCGCUUAUCAGCUGAAGAGCAAGCCAAAUUCCGCCUUGACAAUACCUUGGGGGGCUCCUCAGAGGUUAUCCACCGCAAAGCUCUGCAGAGGAUAUAUGCCGACAAAGCUGCCGACAUCAUUGAUGGUCUUCGGAAAAACCCAGCCAUUGCGGUUCCCAUUGUGUUGAAAAGGUUGAAAAUGAAAGAAGAGGAGUGGCGAGAAGCUCAGAGGGGAUUCAACAAAGUGUGGCGGGAACAAAAUGAGAAAUACUAUCUGAAAUCCUUGGACCAUCAGGGCAUCAACUUUAAACAGAACGACACCAAGGUCUUAAGAUCAAAAAGUCUCCUCAGUGAGAUUGAGACCAUUUAUGAUGAGAGGCAAGAACAAACAUCUGAAGACAACGCUGGCCCUCAUCUGUCUCUGGCCUACGAGGACAAGCAGAUUCUGGAUGACGCUGCCUCUCUCAUUAUUCAUCACGUGAAGCGGCAGACGGGCAUCCAGAAGGAAGACAAAUACAAAAUCAAGCAGAUCAUGUACCAUUUCAUCCCGGACCUCCUCUUUGCGCAGCGAGGGGAACUCUCCGACCUGGAGGAGGAAGAAGAGGAAGAGAUGGACGUGGACGAAAGCUCUGGGGCGGUGAAGAAGCACAACGGGGUGGGGGGCAGCCCCCCCAAAGCCAAGCUGCUGUUCAGCAGCACCACAGCUCAGAAGCUGCGCAGCAUGGACGAAGUCUACAACCUGUUCUACGUGAACAACAACUGGUACAUCUUCCUGCGCCUUCACCAGAUCCUGUGCCUGCGGCUGCUGCGAAUAUACACCCAGGCAGAGCGGCAGAUCGAAGAGGACAGCCGGGAAAGAGAAUGGGAGCGAGAAGUGCUGGGCGUGAAGCGAGAGAAGGGCGACAGCCCUGCCAUCCAGCUGCGGUUGAAAGAACCCAUGGACAUUGAAGUGGAAGACUAUUACCCUGCUUUUCUGGACAUGGUGAGGAACCUCCUGGAUGGCAACAUGGAUUCUUCCCAAUACGAGGAUUCUCUUCGCGAGAUGUUUACCAUUCACGCCUACAUUGCGUUCACCAUGGACAAACUCAUUCAGAGUAUUGUUAGACAGCUCCAGCACAUAGUGAGUGAUGAAAUCUGUGUGCAGGUGACAGAACUCUACCUGUCUGAGAGCCACAACAGCGCAACGGGAGGCCUGCUGACCUCACAGUCAUCUCGGUCCCUGGUGGAGACGGCUUAUCAGCGCAAAGCUGAGCAGCUCAUGCAGGAUGAGAACUGCUUCAAGAUGAUGUUCGUUCAGAGUAGAGGCCAUGUUCAGUUAACCAUCGAACUGCUUGAUACAGAAGAGGAAAACUCUGACGAUCCUGUUGAGGCAGAGCGUUGGACUGACUACGUGGACCGGUACGUCAACUCGGACUCCACGUCUCCUGAAUUGCGGGAACAGCUGGCCCAGAAACCAGUGUUUCUGCCCAGGGCCUCUCUGCUUCUCAGGAACCUGCGGCGGAUCCGCAAGUGUCAGCGGGGUCGGGAGCAGCAGGAGAAGGAUGGCAAGGAGGUGCUUGGCAAGAAGACCUUGGAGAAUGUGGAGAGCUUGGACAAGCUGGAGUGCAAAUUCAAGCUGAAUUCCUACAAGAUGGUCUAUGUGAUCAAGUCGGAGGAUUACAUGUACCGGAGGACCGCACUGCUGCGCGCCCAUCAGUCCCACGAAAGAGUGAGCAAGAGACUGCACCAGCGUUUCCAAGCCUGGGUGGAUCGAUGGACCAAGGAGCACGUAACCCGUGAAAUGGCAGCUGAAACUAGCCAGUGGCUCAUGGGGGAAGCUUUGGAGGGCCUCCUGCCCUGCACCACCACUUGCGAGACGGAGGACUUGCAUUUUGUGAGCAUCAACAAAUACCGCGUGAAAUACGGCACAAUAUGUAAGACGCCCUAAACUCCGGUGGGGGAAGAGGGAAACAGGAGCGUGUUUGGUUCUGGGGGAGGGGAGGAGCGCACGUGUGGGCGCGCAUCACAAAAAGUAAGGAAGAUGCCUUCUUCUCCCCGCUCCCCCUUCCUUGCGCGUCUCCGUAACCGCCACUUCCCGACUCACUCAGAUCUGAGGCCUCCUGCCGCCCCAGUGCGGUUGUUUUCACAUCAGUCUUGUGGAACUGAAGCCAGUCCAGCUGCCAAGGAGCUGAGAUCGCUGCGCAUGCGCCAAGGCGUGUGAGGUAUGUGAGUAGCCCCAGGGAGACCCACUUGGCCUCUACCCACCAGCAGCAGCGAGGAUCCUCUGGGGUACUCAACGAGAAUUGGUGCGUGGAAUUCCCCCCUCCCCCCCCGACAUCGCCCUUCCUCCCGAAAGAGACAAGUUUUAAGGCUAGAAUAUUUUAAGGAAUGCCAGAAGUGCUGUGUCACUAGUCUCCACGGGACUUGGCGGCAGACGUUUUGCAAACUUUGGUCAGCUUCCUGGGUUCCGCAGGCCAGUGGUCCGACCCGUCGGCUUCUGGACCUGCCAUUUCAACUUUCCUCUACUCAUCAGUUGUGUUCCUGUGACCAGGACUCCUGACUUACCUAAACCAAUUAAGAUCAGUCUGUUCUUUCUAGUGCCAGUGGAACUAUCGUUUUAUUUGGGUUUUAUUAUUAUUAUUACUAUUAUUAUUAUGUUUUGUACCUGCUUGUUUACUAGCCUCUUGAUGCCAUGCACCAGCUUUCCACACAAACACACUCUUCUGUCUCUCUCUCUCACACACACGCACACACACACGCACACAGAGUAUCUUCUCAGACACACAUGCACGCUUUUACAAUAGCAGCCACAACCAAUUUUAAACUGGUUCUCCCCCCUCCCCUCCUUUUUUUGUAAAUAAAUGUACAUAUUUGUCAAUUUUGGUUUUUUUUUUUUUAAUUAAAGAAUAAGUGUGCUUAAUGUGCUAGUACAACUCUUACUAGCCUUUUGAGUACCAGAUGGUUUCAGGGUUUAGUACUUACAGGCAAGGGCGGCAAAGUCAUUUUAUUACACUUUCUACCAAAGGGAGUUGUCAUUGUAAUGCUUUGUGUGAAAGUUGUUUCUCCUUUUUGUAAAAACAAACCAAAAAAACCCACAAAAAAAAAAACAACAGAAAUGAACAAUAAGAAGAAGAAUCUAUUUUGGUUCUUCCUGGGAAAGAGGUGGGACUUGCCUGGACCCUUCGCUCUGUUCUGAGAGGUUGCUACCAGCUUUUGCCAGGAGAUCUACUUGAUCUACUUGCCGAGGGAUCUACCCGAUCUGUUGGGUGCUUCACCAUGAAAAGAUGGAAAGGCAGCUUGUGCAUGUGUGAGAGGGUGAGAAUGAGAGGUGUGAGAACACACGUGUAUUGUAGCUUAACACUGACUGUAUUUCAAGCAGCCUGUUUGAUAUAUGAAUAUACAUAUAUACUUUUUAAAUAUCUCUCUCAUUCUCACUAUGGUUUUUUGGUGGGUGGCUUUGUAUCCACCUGGUCUUCCAGCUCAGCCGAUCGGCACUUUUGGAAAGUGUGGCUGGGCUCCUAGUUGAGGAUGACGGCGCUUUUUGUGCGAAUUUCUCUGCCGUAUUGGGGAAAAAAAAUACUGUAAAUACCAAACCAGUAUUUAACAGAGCUGCGUUACUCUACACAUCUGGGUGGAGACAGGUCCAUAAAUAUUUAAGAGGAUGGAAUGAAGGGUGUGUUUCAGCUUUGGGAUAAUUUCCAAGUCAAUGUUUUUGGAAAAAGAAAACAUCGGGAAGGCAGACAGAGAAACCGGAAGGUGGUUCUACCGAAACUGCCGUAGAACUUGUGAGCAGCCAUAAAGUUGUGGCUCUGCGCUCUCCAAGAAGACAUGUACUUCCCUGCACAAAUCGACAAAGCCAAGCCAGCUGGGGUGGGGGCAACCCACGGGUGCUGGGUUUUGCUUUCCCCCCAGCCUGCUCAGUUUCGGCGUGUUCAGUCCAGCAGUCUCUCAGAACAGUCUUGUGGUGGUCCAAGGCAACGGGACGGAAAGGAGAAAAAACACCGGCAGGGAUUCUCUCCUGCCACUCGAAAGAGGGGGUGGGCGCCAGCAGGGCAGGGAGGGGAAAUGCCCGAGGGAGGCAGGGCAGCAGCAACUCCUCCGAGCCAGAAUCCAAUAAGCAAAGUCUUUAGUAUGCCAGCAAUAAGCUAACUUACCCCGACGCUCCUCCCCUCGCCCUGUGAAUGAGGGGUUGGGAAGGGGGGGCUCAGCAGGGCCACUGCGUUCUGUUCCACUCGGCUUGGGUGCUUCCCUGCACUCCACUCACAAUCCUCUCGAGCGGUUCUGUCCCUCCACUCCCAGGCGGGCUUUCAAAAAAAGGACGCGUUGGGAAACAGUCUUCUCAAGCAGGUUUUGCCCGAGACCCUUCCUGAGCAGGGCAGAAUCCUUGCAGCCCCCAUGUCUGUGGGGACAGAAUCACCUUCAACAGUACCAUAACCCCAGACCUCCCUGUUAGCGGGGCUUCCCAGUGUUGCUUUUCUCUCUUUUCCUCCCUCUUUCCCAUAAUCCUGAUGUCUGACAUCUAAGAUCCAAGGUCCAAUCCUAGCCUGUGCCAAGAGCAAAAGGUGUUCCUUCCAAUUUUAAAAUGGCUUUCAUAUUCUGUAAUGUGACUCCUCUUCUUCUUCCUCUUCUUCUCCCUCCUCCUCCUCCUCUUCUUCCUCUUCCUCUUCUUCUUCCUCUCCUCCUCCUCCUCCUCCUUUUUGCCACCUAUUCAUGUGAUGAUUUCUAUACAGAUGUUGUAAACUUGACUGUAGUGCAGUAUGUCCAUUAAACUAUCAGGGCUACUCGUGUACCAAUGUGGUUGUCUUCUGAAGAAUUAAACUCAUUUCAUCAUGAAAUUUUAAACCCCU